AUGGAUUGUCACAUGCCUGAGUUCCACCACGGGUCACGUGGUUUCAAGCCGAUGCGACCACCACCACCACCACCCCACUUCCCCCACGGUCAUACUCCCAUCAUGGAACGCCCCUUUGGUAAUGACGGAUUAGAACCUCCCUUCGGGCACGACGCAUUGGAACCUCCCGCACCUGAGGGUCCCCGGACUCGCCUACACGAGAGACCCCCUGCUCCACCUGGACCUCUCCCUGGUGGUCCCCCGCACGGCAGGCGGCCUGGAUCAGAAGGUUCCCGUAGGCUCGGACCUGGGUACGACCUACACCACGGCGGACCCGUAGAGCACGAGCACGCGAGACGAAGAGGGAAAGUCAACAGAGCUUACCAUCAUAACAACCUACCAUAA